AUGGACAUGGCCGAAGGCGACAUCAUCCAUCUCGACGGCCGCACUGGAGAAGGUGGCGGCCAACUUGUUAGAAUCGCAAUCGCGCUCGCCUCCGUUGCAGGCAAGCCAGUCAAGAUCACAAACAUAAGGGGCAACCGUCCGGGCCCACGAGGCGGAGGUCUCAAGUCCCAGCACUUCACAUCCAUCGCCUGGCUCGCAAAAGCCACCGGCGCCGACGUAGCAGGCCUCGAGGUAGGCAGCAAGACGCUGGAGUUCCGACCGACGCGCGGUCCCGGUGAGCUGCGGGAGAGGAACAUAGUGAUUCGCGCCGAGUCGGCCGCCGCCAGCGCUCUGCUGGUAUUUCAGGCCGUGUUCCCCUUCCUUCUGUUCGCUGGGAACGAGAGCAAUGAGCCUAUCGAGUUGACCAUCUCAGGGGGCACGAAUGUGUCGUUCUCGCUCAGCUACGAGUACCUGGACCAGGUGCUCCUGCCGACUCUCGAGGAGUGGUUCGGCGUUUGUGCGGAGAGAAGGCUCGAGAGGAGGGGAUGGAGCUUGGGCCCGGCCUCGAGGGGGUCGCUGCGAUUCAGAUUCCAUCCAGUCUCCUUCGGGGCACCGCUGAGAAUGAAAGAGAAUCUCGAGCUUGAAACAAGGCCCGAAAAUUUUGACAUCAAAUCUGUUGAUGUAACGAUCAUCUCACCGAGCAACAUGCACGCGGAACUCGAGGACGCUCUUCGUGAGAACCUCGAGAAGCACUUCCCCGGGGCCAUGUACAAUUUCCGGGCGCCCGAGGAGAGCAAGCACGAAACACGCAUGUAUGUCCUCUUGGUGGCGAGAUCAGUAGAUCUGCGUUGGGGUCGGGAUCUUCUUUACAACGGGAAGCGCAAGGGGAAGACGACCGCAAAGCUCAGCGAUGAAGUGGCAAAAGCCGUCACAAAUUCGCUCGCUGAGGAGAUCAGCGCGGGAGGUGUCGUGGAUGAGUUCCUGCAAGACCAGCUCGUGAUCUUCCAGGCAUUGGCCGAAGGUCGGACGACUUUCCCGAGGAGCAAGUCCGAGAGUCAAGAAGGCGAUGGGCUACGGGCAAAUGAGGAGACUGCUCUUGAGGAAGACCUUGACAGGCUGCAAAUUGGUGGCCGACUGAGAAAGGACAAAACUGGCAAGCCAUUUGGCGACCCUGAGACGGACAGUACUCACACACAGACAGCCCGCUGGGAUGCCAUCUUCUUUCUCAACCGUCUGGACUCUCGCACAGACUGCACUUGGCCAGUACCGAACGUUGAGAACAUAGGGUUGACACUUCGGAGGCUGGCCGUGCGGUCUUUUGGUGCCCAUCUUACACUUCGCGAGCCCUCAUCCACCGCCUUUCUAAUCUUAGACGAAACACUCUGGUACUCACCGGUGAAGGGCAAGGUAAGCGCAUGGUUCGCGUCAUAUCCAUCAAAGUCAUACACCAUGGCGACUGGCUCUGCAUCACCACUGGGAUCUCUUGCUCGCUUCCCUCUCGAGAUCCGCCGCAUCAUCUAUGACUUCACUCUCGACCAAUCAGAGCAAGACUACCAUUUCGAAGUCGAGGCCAACAAUGUCCUUCACGUCCCUGAAGGCACCACCUCCCUCCCGCGAGCAACACCAGUUUUGGCCCACGUCUGUGGGGAGAUGCGCGACCAUUUCCUCGAGAACCACACCCAAAUAACCUUCACGUGCGCCAUCUACACCAGGAGUUGCACCGAAGGCGGCUGCUGGGAGGAGAAAGCCGACUCAAGGAAUCCCCAAAUUUCCAGGACCGGCUGGUUCAACCGCAGGUCAGACAGGGUUACAUUCUCGCGGCACGAGCUCCUUCCGCCGCCGACGGGCGCAGAGUGCAGCACUUCCCCGCUGACGACCGACGAGUCACCGGAUGCCACACAACUGCAUGGGAAGCCGGGGCGCGAACUUCUACUAAGCGUAGAGCCUCAUCACAUGACGGAUUUUGUCAGGCUCGUCGAGAAUGCGCGGUCUGAGUUUGUUCAGAAGAACCCGGACGAGGAGACUCGCGUGUAUUCGAUGGGUUUUCACGAUAUUAUUCACCAGGGUACCACGGUUCUGGUGCGGCGGUGUUGGUGUGCAUAG